AAAAUGUGGGAUGAAGUUGAGCUUUUUGAUAGCGACGCUACAGAAACUGUGAACGUAGGUGCACAAGAAUAUGGAAGCUCCUUCUAUCAAGUCAACACGUUGGUUAAAAUCUCAUCCUCGGAAAAGGUUUUGUCUAACCCAAAGUUACAGGCCUCGAAUUUGAGCCAUGGCUUCACCUUGGUAGCUGACAAGUCAGUAGUGGUGCUUGAUACAUACUGCGCUCCUCGGAUGCUGAAUCAGUUUGAGACCGAAGUUGACAUUGUCAGCCUGUGCCAAGAAGGGCAUUUUCUGGUGGCUGGUGAGCGAAGUGGCAACUUGCAUCUUAUUCAUGUGCCGUUGAGGCAAACCUUGUUAACUCGUAUGCUGGUUCAGAAGUCUUCAAAUGAUAGGACUUACCUGAAUCUCCAUCUAGAAAAAGAUAGCACUGAUAAAGGUACCUAUCAUGCAUUUAUUCUCACCAGGAAUGGGGUCUUCUGUAUUAUGCACCUCCCCCUUGGCAAAACUCAGAAAGCAAUUGAUACCCAGGACUUCAGUACAGCAAAAAAGCUACAAGAUCAGGUGGAAACAUGUUUUAUUUCUAUGGAAGAGUAUCACACUGCUGGUUGUCUUACGUCUGUGACUAGACAAACGGAAAACAAGAUUGCUUUGAUUAUAGGGGCAACUGUGCAACAGCUUCAGGUUGCAGAUAAUCUGUUGUAUACCUUGGAUGAUGAGAAUGUCUUAAGCACGUGGGAUGUUCACUCGUUCAUUAUGGUUUGGGAUUGGCCUUCAGUUCACAUUGAAGAAUUUCUUUUGAUCCAGGGGAGUGUCGAUCAUCAGUUGAUAGCAUUGACACAACCUGAUGGUGACAAACAGAUGAGGAACCUUGUAGUUUUUGCACUGCCUGCCAUGCAUCAGCUCUAUUCUUUGGAAGUAAUGAACAUUUCUUCAGUGGUUCAAAGUGGAAUGAAUACCGAUACAAUAUACUUUUUGGAAGGUAUCUAUGAAAAUAACCUAAAGUCUUCAGAUAUUCCGGUCUCAUUUCUGGUAAUGAGGUGCUUAACAGAAGCUGCUCCUGAGGACAGACUGAGUCGUUUACUUCACAAGCAUAAAUUUACUGAGGCUGAGAGUUUUGCUCUUCAUUUUGGACUAGAAGUUGAGCUUGUUUAUAAAAUGAGAGUGAGCUCUGUUUUGGAAAAAUGGACUUCAGAAUCCGUAGACCAUGAUGGACGGUCAUCCUGGCUAGAACUUGUGGCUCAAGUGAAAGAAAACUUAAAUAAAAUAAAGGAUAACCAGUUUGCGAUUGAAUGCUGCCUAAAUACUCCUUGGCCAGCAUACGAAGUAGCAUAUGAAAUGCUCAGCUAUGCUGAAAACAGGGUCUCCAACAGAGAUGUCGUAAUCAUUCCCUCUCUUUCUAACAGGAAUUCAGCAUCUCUUACAACGGUGUUGCAGGCCCAGGCUAGGCUGACAACUUUUUAUGGAGCUUUUGGUCCAGAAAAAUUCAGUGGAACCACUUGGCUAACGUUUCUGAACAAUGAAGACGUCUUCGAGGACAUCCUUCUACAGCUGAGAGAAGGAAAUCUCUUUUCUGCAUCCUAUCUCUGGAAAAGACAUCAGGGAGAUUUUGCAGAACGCUUUAGUGUAGAGAUGCUUGAGAACCUGCUUGACGCCAUUUCUGCAACCAUUUCCCGCAAGGAGCUUUGUUUGUGGUUUAAAGAUGGGAUCAUUCCUUUCAUAAAUCUGGCUCUGCCUCAAGGACAGAAAAUAAUAGCAAAAUGGCUGGAACAACAAGCCCGGAAUCUUGAGUUAACUGGCAAGGCCAGCUGGCCAGAAAAUGGACUUGAAAUGGCCCAGGUGUUUUUUACCUGUAAUCCAGACAAAGCUGGAGUUGCGUCUUCAUUGUGCUGGACUCUCUGGAAGGACGAUAAGUGUGAGGAGGUCCGUCACUUAGCAAGACUGAUACGAGCUUUACGAGACUUGAUAGAUCUUCACAGAAAGUACAACUGCAAGCUGACCCUCUAUGAGUUUGAAAAGGAAAAUGCAACUACGAUAGUGUUCCGAAUGUUUGAUAGAGUUUUGGUGGCGGAACUCAUUCCAGCAGCUUUAGAGAAAAUUAUUGAACCAUAUAUGUGCCAGCAUGAUCUACAAAAAGAUGAAAUUCUCUUGAAGUACAUAAAGGAUUUGCUAGAGCGAUACUGUACGCGGUCAGCGUCUGUCUUUUAUGCCGCAUGGGAAGCAAAGGCUAUCGCUGUCUUGGGCUGCAUGUCUAACAUGGACUUGAAGUUUGAAGGGGUGCUAGCAAUAAUGCAUAGCACCGUGGUUCCAUGGAGUCCAGGAGUAGAACAACUCGUCGAGCAAUACCUAGAAAUGGAUCAUGCCAAGGCGAAGCUUCUGCAGGAGGGCUACCGGCUGAUGGAAAUGAAGACAGUUCUGCUAAACUACGGCAUAAGAAACACCAGUCUUUUAAAUGAUAAACAGGAGAUGCUGAGAGUGUCAAAGUACAUUGUUAAACGGGGUACCCCUUCGUCAUUAGAAGAUGCUUUGAAAAUAGCAAAAGUGUAUGUGCUGCCUACUACAGAAAUCUAUAAAGUGAGGAUUAUGGACCUUAUUGAUAAAGACAAGGGAGAAGAAGUCCUAGACCUCUUAACAUCUCUGCCUCUUAUUGAAGCAGUGGAAAUGGCAGAAAGAACGGUGAUCUGUGGGAAGCUGUUAUUAGAGAAUAAAGUUGACAACUUUGAAGAGCUGAAAAUGCAGCUUUCUGUGAAAAAGAUGGUUGUGAACAUCCUCAAAUUCUUACUGAACAUUCAGAAAGAAAAUCUUGUGAAAAAAGUGGAAUAUGAAACAGAUUUAGAUGUGUUUAAAAUCCUUGUUACAUUGCAGGAGAAUUUUGAUAUCAUGAUUUCAGCCAAGGAUUAUGAGAAUCCAAUACUAAGAUCUCAGCUGCUUGAAGACCAUAUCAAAGCUUAUGGAAAAACGCAAGAAGAUGAUGCCAAUUCAAAGGACAGCCGUGUAAAGAAACCGCUGUCGGAGUUAAGACUUUACAGACUGGCUUCACUUCUUCAACAGGAUGAGCUAGAACUGGUGUCAGAGCUGGUGCUGAAAGCGUUGGAUGCCGGACAAGUAGAAGAGGCACUCAAGAUAUGCAGGGAUUUUUAUGAACGUCACCUCAACGAACAAGCAGGAGAGCUGCUGUUUUUAGCAUGUCGAAAGCUCUGUCAUACGUUUGAUUUGACUAGCAUGACAGUCACGUAUGAAGGAUUAACUCUUCCAGAAGUGGUCCACAGCAUGGCAUGCAAAGCAGCUACAAUCUGCAGCCGCGAUCUCUUAUUAGAUGCUGCAGAGCUUUGUAGAUAUACCUCGCUUGCCUGUGAAAUUUACGACAAGUGCCAAAUCGAAGACACCGGAGUUAUGACAAAGGCAGCACCUUCUGGAGCUGAGAAAGACCCAGGCAUGGAGUGGGCUUUGGAUUAUUUUUUCACUGAAGAAGGAGCAGUCCUGGAUCCACCUGUUGUACUUCCCAUUGCAUAUGACAUUGCUUCUUGGAUGCUUCCUCUUGCAGGUUUUUUUUCUUCCACUGUUUUGGGGGACCACGCGUUUUCAUCAUACGUCGCUGCCUACCUUGCAGAGCAGAAGAGGGAUCCUCUCGAUUGUACCAGUUUGGCACAUAGCCCCUUAAUACCAGGGAAAAACCUCUGCUUGCCCCUAAGGGCCCCCAUGUCUGUUCUGCUCGACAAGCUGCAAGAAUGCAGUCAGCAUGAAUUGAGCUUGAGACUGAUUCAUACCUCUUUGGGUUCUGUCGCUCAGCAUGUAAUCGGAGACGUUAUAAAUGUUGACCUGGCUGCAAAGAUGCUUGAAGUGUUACAAAGGGGUGGAAGCAAAAGCCAAGCAAAAUGCUUUUGGAGCGACAAAGCGUCUAGUUGUGAUUUCAGCAUGGCGUUCUCUGUCUGUCAGCUGCAUAACCCGGAGACAGUACAAGAUGCUGUAGGAUCUCUCACCGCAGUGAUGCAGUAUUCUCAGUCAAAGAUUAAAAACAACGUGAUGGCCCUCCUGCACAAGGUUUUCAACAGUCGCCACAUAGACCACGAUCUGGCAAGAAGCUACUGCUCGUUAUUGCCCAAAGAAUCGUGUUAUGGAUACCUCUGGGACAUGAUCAACAAAAUAUGGCAAAAUUACACCAAAGUUCUGUCCGUUGCCUUUGUUGGAGCGCAGCUUGCCAGUUGCUACAACGAUGCGGAAGAAAAGCAGAAAUUUGAAGAAUUAAUGAUUGAUGCUGAAUGGGGCAAAGAGCUUGGAAAACUUGGAAUCUCUUUCCAUCAUGUAUUUAGAACGCCAUCAAUACGGAAGAAAGAGCUUCUGAGAACUUUGGUUAAGAAUCCACAAGUGAAAUCAGACCUCGUAUUAAAAUACUGCAGGUCUUUCCAGUUGGACAGUGACGUAGCAUUCCAGCUUUAUAUCGAGGCACUCCUCCAAAAUGCCAGCACAAGUGACGAUGAAGAGGAAUAUGUGGGGGAUUCCGAGAAGCUGCCGCCUGCUUCAGUAGUGGCCAGAGCCACAGAGAUCAUCCCCUUGCUGAAAAGCACCAACAGCUUGGUUAUAAACCUUAAUGCCAUGUUGUACAAGCUUGAUCCGUAUGACUACAAAACUAUCGAAAGUCUUCUGAUGAUUAUGGAGAAAGCUGGUGGGGAACUAGCAAGUGUCCCCUUGAGUAAAGCCGUGGUGCUCAUCGAACACUUAAAAUCCUACAAAAGGACUGCCGCUCCUGGAGACCUGGAACAUCAAUAUGCCUUCAAACGGGCUGUUCCUUUCUCACCAGCUGCUCAAGACAGGCUGCCCUUCCACUUGAUCUUCUUCAAAACGUCACAGUGUUUCUGGAAGAUAAUUACUCCAGAACUGAAUGAGGAAUCAUUCCCAAAGAUUUUCUUGAUCUCCAAAAUCAUGCAGGUCUCACUUGAUACCCUCCACAUGUGUGCAGCUAAUCAGGCAUUCCAAGAAAGGCUUAAGCCUAAAAUAUUGGAACAGGUGAGAAGUGGAUCACUGCUGAUGGCCGACAAGGGAACUACUGAAAUUUUAAGUGCCAUUCAGUCUCACUUGCUCUGUAUAGCUAACCCAGAAAGGUCUGCGGCACUUGCUCACGCCAUGGCACGAGAACUCCAAUCAGGACCCAUCAAAGUCGAGGCAAUGAAAUUCUGCGUCUUUUUGGGUGAAAAAUGGCUGGCUCAUAAAGAUGUGCAGGAGGACUCUCGCGAAAAGGCUCGGACGUUUCUGCAAAAGAUGCAGGUGGAAUACAGGAAACGAGCAACUGAAGCUGUGCUCAUGACCCACAAGCUUAACUCGGAGGAGCAUCUGAAGUUGACGGGGAAGCCUGCUAGACUGGUGGUGGUGCUCUACCAGCACAGCACCAUCGCUGAAAGAUUCCAGAAUCCAGCUGGCAAUAAUUACCCAGAUAUUCAUGCUGCAGCAAAAGAAAUAGCCAAAAUAAAUGAUCUGGAUAUGAAGAAGAUUUGGGAUACCCUGCUGGAAAAAUGUCUGUGUUCAAAUGAAGCACCCACAGAGAGAACUUCAGAGAUGGUCGAGAAGAUGGCCGAUGAAACCUUCAAGAGACUCGUAUAUAUCCUGCAGCUGCAGCCAGCAGAUAAAGGUUUCAGAAUCCUUUACGAUUGUGCAACAUCCACAACAUCUCCUAUUGGGGAAAGCCAACUGACAUUUGCCCAGAGAAGCAUCGCUCUCAAGUGCCUGAUCUACUCGGCGGACAGUUCUACGGUUGAAUUCCUCUUCAAAAAGUCGAUUGAGGAAGUCAGGAUUUUCCUGAAAACCUUUAUUUACCUCUCUGAAUUUGAACUCCUCAACAUUCCAUACACCUACGUAUCGUUCCACAAGGCUCCCAAGGAAGGUGUGAUCAAAGGAUUGUGGAAGAACCAUAGUCACGACCCCAGGGCGGUGAAACUAGUGACUGAGCUGAGUUUGGAGUACCAAGUGUGGGAUGCUCAGCUGUGGAAUGGUUUGCUGCAAAAGAUGAUUGAUUUCAACAUGGUUGAUUAUCUGAGGAAAGUGUUGGUAACGAUUACGGGGAUCCAUUCAUUAUUGCAGAUUCCCAACUUCAGCAGAGCUUGGCAGAAUGUCAUUCUUGUACCAUUUCAUUCAGUUUCCUGUCCACCAAGUCCUAGUGAACUGGAGGCAUGCUGUGCAUCUCUCAAAGCUCUACUGCAGUGUCCUGUCCUAGGUCAUCUAGAUGUAAUUGGGAUUGCCAAAAAGUUCAUGGAGUUACAGCUGCUGGCUCUGGCUUUGGGGUGUCUCUGGCUGAUCCCUCAGACGGAGAAAAGGGAUCAACAGAUUCAAAGCUUUUUAGCCUCUUACCAGCAGGAGAAGAUAUUGCAGCAAAUCAAGGAGCAUGUGGAUCACUGCGGACUAGCUGGCUUUGCUUCUGAGAUCAGGUAUUUGGUUCUAGAGUUCACAAUCAAAAGCAAAUGCUUUGUGGCCACGGAGUACCUUCCUUACCUGAAGCUACGAGAGAUGGGGGCUGACAGACUGAAAGGAUUGGUAAAAUAUCUGGAAAGUGAGAACAGGACGGAUGAUGCAGCAGCCCUAAUAAAGGAAUAUCUUAAAGAAUCUGGAAAUCCUGUCUCAGACCAGUCGUCAUCAGAACUUGUAAAGAUGUUCCUCUGGAAGGAAUAAGAUCCACAACCAGAGUCAAAAUGGGGUUUUUUUGUUGUUGUUUAAAAAUUCCUGUAUAUUCAAUCUAAAUACAUAAAUUUACAAAGUGAUAAAGCACUCCAUUUGUGUAAUUAUAUGCUCGAAGUAAUAAUGAAAGCUUUGUCAAAUCCAAAUUAAACAAAUAUUUAUUACAA